CUAACAGCAGGAUAGUGCAGUGCUCUGUGAUAUAAUAGAAUAGACAUCAUUUAAGAUUGUAAACCAAUUCGAAAACCAAGCAUCAUAAUGAAGAAACUUGUGAUCGUUGUCUUACUGACCUAUUUAUCCUCAAUGGCCCAUUCUGCCAGCAUUCUAGACUAUCUCUCACUCACAACCGACCUGGAAGCAAAGGAUGAAGAAAUCGGCCCAAGUAAUUGUCUUUGCAAUGGACCAUCCUGUAUUUGUUGCAUAGAUUUCAACAUGACGUACAUUGAUCUCGGUGGACCUGGCUGUGUUCGACUAAAGUAUCUCUCGGUUGAAGAGGGAAUCGCGUUAAACGUCUCCUUCGGCGAUAGCGUAUUGCACAGUCAACGUGUUAAAGGACCCGAUCCUGCACCUACAUGCCUGAAUAUGUUCGCUCGACUUGCGCAAAUGUGUGCCCGGUUCAGCGAAUUGCUUCCGACCGAUGACGGCUUGCGAGGCUGUUUGCAGCUAGAGCCGAUGUUAUUGGGUGAGGUUCAAAUCGAAUUACCUCUGGGUUGCUUUAGGAUGGGACCCAAGGGUGUGGAGCUUAUAAAAUCUUCCGAAGAUGAAAUCAAAGAGCAGCAGCCAAAUGAAAGCGUCACCGAGACUCCAGCAUCGUCAGCCGGCGAAAAGAAAGUAGAGGAUGAUCCGAAACCAGUGGACCCUCCAGCGUUAAACAUUACAUCGCCAUUGUCGAUUCUGGACAAUUUGUCCACUGCUGACAUAUUGGCUGCAGUGAGUGAAUCGACAGACGAAGGAAUCGCGAUGCUGUCCAGCUGGUUCGGUCUAGAUGUGAACAAAACGCAAAAACCCGAGCAACAUGACAAUGUGACCGAGAAGGGUUCCGAGAAAACCGAAGAAAGUGAAGACUCCAAGGUCGAAUGAAACCUGUGAAGGAAUAUUACGUAUAAGGUCAUUUAGUGUCGAAUGAUAGCGCUUGUUCGAUACGAUUUGACCAAACUUAUGAUUUAGGUAGUAUGUUUAGCUUUUAGGAGGAUGCCAUUUGAUGCAUUCACAAGUAGAUUCUCUGCUAGUGAUACCGAUACUUACAUAUGGUACGUAAUUCAUUUGAUAUAGAAUAUUUAUAACAGCCAAAA